AUGUCGUGGUCAUCUCGCUUCGGCUCCUGGUCUGGACGCUUCUCGCCCUUUGGUCGCUCUGGAGCUUCAGCACAGGUCAAGGACUCAGAUUACAGCUACAUUACCCAAGACGAUCUGAGCAAAGCCGAGCAAACAGAUGCCUCGCCCACCCCUUCCGGUCCACCUAGAGACACCGAUGUCCUGGUUCUCAAGAGCAAGCGUAUCAGCUAUCCCGUCCACUUCCCUGCCUACUCGAUCGAGAAGGGCGAGUUGAAAAUCAAAUCUGUCAGAGAGCAAGCCGCCAAAAAGACUGGCGCAGAUGCGCGACACAUCAAGCUCUUCUUCAGAGGCAAGAACAUGAAGGAGGAUGCCAACUCAUGCCGCGCCGAAGGUCUCAGACACAACAGCGAGAUCAUGUGUGUCGUUGGAGACGCUGUCCCCGACUCCAUGAGCUCAAGUGACUCGGAAGACGAAGAAGCAACUGCUGACGGUGCAGAUGCGCCAAAGAGGAAGCGCGUCCGCCACAAGAACAAAAAGAAGAAGUCCAAGAAGUCAGCAACACCGCAGAACGAUACUUCGAGAACACAAUCACCACGUCCACCGCCUGCCCCGGUCACACCACUCGACAAAUUGAACGCCGUCAACUCGACUCUUCAGGGCCUGCUACCUCAAUGUGUUCAAUUCCUGGCCAACCCUCCAGCUGACCAGGCAAAGAAGGACUUUGAGCAUAAGCGUCUUAGUGAGACUAUUCUCGCACAGGUUCUUCUCAAACUGGACGCUGUCGACCCCGAGGGAGACCCGGAAGCAAGAGCGAGAAGAAAGGAGCUAGUAAAGGAGGCCCAGAACGUUCUCAACAGUCUGGACGAGAAGAUCAAGUCGUGA